AUAGUAAGAAAUUGGUAUAACAUUUGUUGAAGAAGGAAAUGUGUUUAUGGGAAAUGGUAGCUGGAUUGACAGUGUACAGUGUUCACAAUACAAGUUGCAAUUUCCCUGUAGGCAAAAAGAUCUAAUAAAAGAAAAAUUAAAAUAAAUCAAUUACCCGGUAUUUUAAUUGCAGCAAACAUCAUCUUGAAGGACGAUCCGUAUCAACAGAGGGGUCUUUUUCUGGUCUUGCAAUGGUAUGUAGUAAUUGCAAGCGUUCUACACCUCUUCCUACAUCAUUGCCAAGGCCAGGUGUUGGAGUGUCCUAUGAUGUGAACCGACGAGCGGCAUAUGCUAUGGGGGAGAUAGGAGGAGGACGAUCAGUGAUGGAAAACAUAUGUUCCAUUUUCAACAUGCCGCCACCUCCAAACAAGACCAGCUGGAGUCAGCACAACACUGCAAUAUACACAGUACUCAACGAGGAGCUUGAUAUAGAAUUAGCUAAUUCUGCUUACCGUCUCCGAGAAAAAUUGCUGAAUGAAAAUGAUGACAUUGAUCCAGAAGACAUAUUGGAUGCCGUCGUUUCUUAUGAUGGCACAUGGCAUAGGCGAGGGUUUACCUCUAAUUAUGGUGUUGGUGUUAUAAUGGCCAUGGAUACAGGUGAAGUACUAGAUGUUCAAGUUGUGUCAAAAUUGUGUGAGGAGUGCAAGGCAUGGGAAUGGAUGGAUCCAAACUGUGAGCCGUUUAUGGCAUGGAAGCGAGAACAUGAAGCAAGUGGACAGUGCCAAGCUAACUAUGCUGGUUCCAGCCCGGCCAUGGAGGUCGAGGCAGCGAAAAUAAUGUUCAAACGCUCUGAGAAAAAGCACCGACUAAGAUACUCUACCAUUGUCAGUGAUGGUGACAGCAAGACUUUCCUUGCUCUAAAUGAACUUCAGCCAUAUGGACCAGGUGGGUGUUUCAUAAAGCUGUUGGUAAGAUACGAAUGUCUUUACGCACAACUGGUGAUCCUUUCAUACUACCGCAAUGCUGUGUAUAACCACACACGAGAAACCCCAACAGAUGUCUCUGCUGCAGUUGACAGUCUUGAGAAGGCAAUCCUGGCAGGGCUGUACCACAAUAGCCACGUGCCUCCAGGUGGGGGACCUGGUUCAAUGCAUUGCAAUAUCAACCCAAGCAUCUUGAGGUGUACGAGUCAUUUUUUGCAGCAGCAGCAGAAGAAAGCACAGCAGCUAACAUUGACAGAGUACGCCAUGCCCUAG